AUGGGAGGCAUGAACUACCACAUUGAGAUCCUCUUCGAGGAUGGGCUAGCUGGCUCAACCAAUGCUACUUCCCCGCCACCGGAGCUACGAGAGUGUAUACUGGAGAGUGAAGUCUCGAACUUGCAGUUCUUGCGCAAGACGCAAUUUACUGUUUCUACGGUCUUUGACUUAAAUCCUGACCAAGAUAACCCUGUCGGCGUUGAUUGUAUCCUUAUGGAGAAGUUGUCGGGCAAGUCCUUGAGCUGGCAUGUGACUACUGCAGAGCAAAGGAAGGAAGUCAUGAGGCAACUUGCAGAUAUAUAUAUUGAGUUGAGAGCUUUCCCCCUUUCCGCGAUGGGCUCUUUCAAUCAGCAGAACUCCUGUCACGGUGACCUGGUCGCACUAGAGUCUUUAGCCGACUUUCAAGGCUUGGAUAUGAGAAUCCUCAGGCGUUUUGCUUCCCUAGAAGAAUAUUACAGCGCAUAUCUUCAGAUGAGAUCUGGAUUUGAUACUACGGCAAGAAUCACUCGUCGAUCGCCCAAUCGAUAG